AACAGAGAUGAGAAAUAUACCUUGACCGUUUUUUUUGCUUACGUUUUACCGCCGUGCGCAAUAAACCCCGCUUCAAUAUUUGUGCGCUCAUCCUGCUGUCUGUGUUUACGAUCCGUUGGAAAGAGCUACCUGGAGUUACCAGUUUAAUGUAAAACAUAAAGCAGCUGACAACUAUUAUCCUGAAGUAAGAUGGUUUCGUCGUUGUGCUACCUCAUAUUUCCCGUCAUCUUGGUCAUGGGACUCCUGCGAAAAUGUCGAGAGUCUACUUGGGGGAGAUGCCAAAGCCGUACACCAUUGCAGGGACGUGUUUUCCUUGUCACUGGAGCUAAUUCUGGCAUCGGUAAGGAAACUGUCAGAGAACUAGUCAGAAGAAAGGCACGAGUCAUUAUGGCAUGUCGCAACCUCCAAAGUGCACGAGAUGUUGUUGCUGAAAUCCGAAAAGAUAUUCAGACUGGCGAGCUGAUUCCUAUGGAGUUGGAUCUCAGUUCGUUCAUUUCGAUAAGACACUUUGCUCUAGAAGUAUUAAAAACUUUCUCAGAAAUUCAUGUACUGAUAAAUAAUGCAGGUGUAUAUGCACCUUUAAAAGAUCGCUGUCUGACUAAAGAGGGAUUUGAAAUACAUUUUGGAGUCAAUCACUUGGGGCAUUUUCUUCUAACAAACUUGCUCCUUGACCGACUGAAAGAGAGUGCUCCUAGCAGAAUUGUUGUCGUUACAUCGAAGCUGCUAGAAUCUGGUCAGAUAGAUUUUUCAAACCUGAACGCAGAAAAAGGUUUGUCAGCAAAAGGACGGAUGAAUCCAGGCUAUUGUAACUCAAAAUUAGCAAACGCUUAUUUUGCUGCCGAGCUUGCUAAAAGAACUGAAAAUACGGGUGUCAGCGUUUAUUCUGUAUGUCCAGGAUUCACAUACACGGGCCUCUUUCGAAAUGUAAAACGUAGCUGGUUCCACUAUGUGCUUUUUUCCCCAGUUGCUUUGAUGUUUCUUCGAACUGCAAAUCAGGGUGCUCAGACUGUACUCCACUGCGCAACAGAACAAUCAUUAGAGAAUGAGAGUGGAUGUAUUUACCGUGACUGUAAAAUCUAUGAACCUAAGAAAAAAUUGGACCCGGAGAUAGCUGAUCGUUUGUGGAGUGUCAGUAAUGAGCUGAUAAACGUCUCAUAAAGAGGCCUCCUGUGAACUGUAUGCUGAGAUGCAUGAAGAAAAUCUUCAUUUCAAUUCGAAUUUCAUAAAAAAUGUUUGAUAAGUGGUAAGUGAUCACGUUUUAGAAAUAUUUUUAGAAAGCCAUAGGGUCGUACAUCCCACAGUAGGGCAAGUCUAUUUCUUUUUAUCGAUUACCAGAGAUUUUCGAUUUUCUCAUAGGAUUGUUUAUUGACUGAUGAAAGUGAUCUCCAUGCAAGGCUGUACUACAAGUUAUUUGUAGACUUAGAUUUAAGAACAUAUUACGAUGUUUUUCUGUGUCAUUUUUAGCACCAGACUAAUCGCUGUCAGACAUGCGUGUAGGUAACGAAAUUUACCGGAUUUGAAUUGUAAAUGUUUCGGGCUCUCUAGUCCACUGAAAAUUGCUCAUAGACCGAUCGGAGCGAAUACCAAGACCGUACUUUCGAUAAUCAAUUUAUACACUACACGUAAAAAUUAACGGGUCACGCUAUUUCUGCUCCGAAAAAAGCCCGAUUUCAUAUCCUUAUAGCUCAAUGCGUACUCGGCAUAUCGUUGCGAAGUUGAGAGUUCACUGUGCGAUUUUGACAUAAGUAACACAAGAUAGAACAACUUGUGAAAAAAGCUGCAUUUUUUAGCGACUUUCUACGCCAAUUAUUCGUUGACAAUGAGUUGCGAGGAUUUAGAAUCAGGCAUUUUUCAGAACAGAAACAGGGUAGCCCGAUAAUUUUUCCGUGCAGAAUAUUUUUAGCGUGUAAUUUAUGAGUAAUUGUUUGAAAUAAGCAAUAAAACGCUGUUCAAUAA